GUCGCACAUUUGUUGCUUCUGCUCCCAGUCCAGCGAUUCGAGUCGCAUUUAUUUUGGUUUUCCUCCUUGGUUCCGUGUUUUUUCUCCGCUUAAAAACCCUACAAGCCGCUGCAAGGACCUCCAGAUAGAAUCCAGGAAAUCCCACCGAAGAUACCGCCACGAUGCAUUGAAGAGCCUUCCAAACAAGGAGCGGCCAUCAGCCCAUUAAAAUUCACGCAGGGCAGCGGCUACUUAAUGUUUUUUAAUAGCUGAGGCAACAUUUUAACUUUCCGCGCACGCCGAACAUUAUGCAGAUGAAGUACAUGGAACUCGUGAUCUUGGGCCUGUGGGUGGUCGCCCAGGCAUCCGCCAGUUUGGCCAAAUUUGGCAGCACGACGCCAGCGAGUGCAACGCAGACGGAUGUGGAACUGCAGCCCAUCAACGGGACACUCAACUACCGGCUGUACGCCAAGAAGGGCAGGGACGACAAGCCCUGGUUCGACAGCUUGGACAGCAGUCACAUCCAGUGCGUCCGGCGCGCCCGCUGCUACCCCACCUCAAACGCCACCAACACCUGCUUCGGUUCCAAGCUGCCCUACGAACUGAGCAGCCUCGAUCUCACCGAUUUCCACACCGACAAGGAGCUGAACGAGAAGCUCAACGACUACUACGCCCUCAAGCAUGUGCCCAAGUGCUGGGCGGCCAUACAGCCCUUCUUGUGCGCCGUCUUCAAGCCAAAGUGCGAGAAAAUCAACGGCCAGGACAUGGUCUACCUGCCUUCGUACGAAAUGUGCCGCAUUACCUUGGAACCCUGUCGCAUUCUUUACAACACAACGUUUUUCCCGAAAUUUCUUCGCUGCAACGAAACUCUCUUCCCGACGAAAUGCACAAACGAAGCGCGAGGAAUGAAAUUCAACGGAACUGGACAGUGCUUAAGUCCUUUGGUGCCGACAGAUACUUCGGCUAGCUAUUAUCCCGGCAUCGAGGGCUGCGGCGUGCGGUGCAAAGAUCCGCUGUACACCGAUGAUGAGCACCGGCAGAUCCACAAGCUUAUCGGCUGGGCUGGCAGUCUGUGCCUUCUCUCGAACCUCUUCGUGGUGGCCACUUUCUUCAUCGACUGGAAGAAUGCCAACAAGUACCCUGCUGUGAUUGUGUUCUAUAUAAAUCUAUGCUUCCUAAUUGCAUGCGUAGGAUGGCUGCUACAGUUCACUUCGGGAUCGCGAGAGGACAUUGUGUGCCGUAAGGAUGGCACGCUACGCCACUCGGAGCCCACAGCCGGCGAGAAUCUCUCUUGCAUCGUGAUCUUUGUGCUGGUUUACUACUUCCUCACCGCUGGAAUGGUUUGGUUUGUGUUCCUCACUUACGCCUGGCAUUGGAGGGCCAUGGGUCACGUACAAGAUCGCAUCGAUAAGAAGGGUUCCUACUUCCACCUGGUAGCCUGGUCACUGCCUCUGGUUCUCACUAUCACCACAAUGGCUUUCAGUGAGGUGGAUGGAAAUAGCAUUGUGGGCAUCUGCUUUGUGGGCUAUAUUAAUCAUCCAAUGAGGGCAGGACUUCUUCUUGGCCCGCUCUGUGGGGUGAUCCUUAUUGGAGGCUAUUUCAUCACCCGUGGCAUGGUAAUGCUCUUUGGCCUGAAGCACUUUGCUAACGAUAUUAAGUCAACUUCUGCAAGCAACAAAAUCCAUUUAAUCAUCAUGCGCAUGGGAGUCUGUGCGCUGCUCACUUUGGUUUUCAUCCUGGUGGCCAUUGCUUGUCACGUUACCGAGUUUAAGCAUGCGGAGGAAUGGGCCCAUAGCUUCAGGCAGUUUAUAAUUUGUAAAAUUUCGUCCGUCUUCGAAGAGAAGAGCUCAUGUCGCAUUGAAAACCGACCAAGUGUUGGCGUCCUGCAAUUGCAUUUGUUGUGCCUUUUUAGCUCUGGAAUUGUCAUGUCAACUUGGUGCUGGACACCAUCUUCAGUAGAGACUUGGAAGCGGUAUAUAAGAAAAAAGUAUGGAAAAGAGGUGAUCGAAGAAGUGAAAAUGCCCAAGCACAAGGUCAUUGCCCAGACGUGGGCCAAGCGCAAGGAUUUCGAGGACAAGGGCAGGCUCUCCAUAACGCUGUACAACACACACACGGAUCCCGUGGGGCUCAACUUCGAUGUGAACGAUCUGAACUCCUCGGAGACGAAUGACAUCUCCUCGACUUGGGCUGCAUACCUCCCGCAGUGCGUAAAGCGGCGCAUGGCUUUGACGGUACCAGUUACAGGUAACUCGUCGAGCCAAGGACCCCGAAAGAAUUCUUUGGAUUCCGAGUUCAGCGUGAGUGUUCGUCAUGUUUCCGUUGAAUCCCGUAGGAAUUCGGUGGACUCGCAGGUUUCAGUGAAAAUAGCUGAGAUGAAGACCAAGGUGGCAUCCAGAUCGAGAAGAAAACACGUAGGCUCCGCCAGCAGCAAGAGAACUCACCGUGGGAGGGACUACACAGCAGCAGCCACCGGAAGGAGCAGUAGGCGAAGAGAGAGCAGUACCUCGGUCGAGUCACAGGUCAUCGCGCUGAAGAAAACCACUUAUCCAAAUGCUAGUCACAAAGUGGGCGUGUUUGCCCAUCACAGCUCCAAGAAACAACACAAUUAUACGAGCUCAAUGAAGCGAAGAACAGCGAAUGCCGGAUUGGAUCCCAACAUUCUGAAACAAUUCCUACAAAAGAACGGCGAGUUUAUAAUCCCUUUCCUCCAAAAUCAUGAUAUGACUUCUAGUUCAGAGGAGGAGAACUCGCGUGCGUCCCUACAGAUUCAGGAUCUCAAUGUGGUUGUGAAGCAGGAGGAAUUCAGUGAGGAUGACCACGAUGGAGCCCAUAUUGAAGAAUUACCAAAUAACAAGCAGGUGGCGAAUUUCCUGAAAAACAUGAAAAAAUCUAAUGAAUCCAAUGGUAAUCGCCACUCGCGGAAUUCCACAAGAAGUCGUCAGUCGAGGAAGUCCCGCAAGAGCCAUCCCAAGACCACUGGUCUAGAGCUGGAUUUCAAGAGGGACUAUGUAAGGAAUCGCUCCCUCAGCUGCUCCUCCGAGGAACUGGACGUGGCUCUGGACGUGGGCAGCUUGCUGAACAGCUCCGGUUCCGGAAUGUCCAUGGGCAAACCCCAGAGCAGGAACAGCAAAACCAGCUGCGAUGUGGGCAUUCAGGCUAAUCCUUUCGAGCUAGUUCCUAGCUAUGGAGACGAGGAGCUGCAGCAAGCUAUGCGACUCCUGAAUGCAGCCAGCAGGCAAAGAAAUGAGGCAGCUUAUGAAGAUGGCGGAGGCACCGAGCUUCAGACCUUAUUGAGCGAUACCCAUCGACAUCACAGGGAGCCCUCGUUUAUGAGCGAGUCCGACAAACUCAAAAUGUUGUUGCUUCCCUCAAAAUAGCAAGACUUAAUGAUCAAUUUAUGCAUUUACUUAAGUUGUUUAAACUCUUCAAAGGUUCUUAAAUCCUGUUGGGUUUAAUAUACAGGAUUUUUAAUUUUUUCAAAUGUUUUCGAUAAUAAGGUGCCUGAUAUCUGAUGUAUUUAAAGGUCUUAAAUCACUUUUUUUUCGAUUCAGUGUCUAAUUCAGUUUGCUAACCCCACAAUUUAGUGUUAGCAGCUAAGCGAAUUAUAUUUUAUUUCUUUUUUGAAGCGAUAAAAUUACGGUUAACGUUCAUAAUGCUUUAUGAAACCGGUCAGGCUUCAAUUGUUUUAAUCCGUUCGAAAUAGUUCUGACAAUCUUAUUUACCAGUACUCAAAUUUGAAAUACUCAAAGAAAUUUUUAUUAGUUCACAAGAGUUAGAAACAGAAGUGAUAUUUUAUACAAAAAUAUAUGGAAUUUCAAAGUAACCGAAGUAGAACCAAAACCGAGUCAAGUUUUUAAGCAUUUUACAUUGCGAUGACCCUAGUUUCUUCUUAAUUGUUUUAUUGAGCAGAAUAAGCGAAACUACAACGACGAACUACGAAUACUCAUAGACAUUAAGCUGCAAACGUUAUUAUACAAAUCCAUCUUCCCAUCUAGCUCGUAAGCACUCGAAUCUCUGUGUACGUUUGUGAAUGACUGUUUCCUUAACCCUGGUACUCACGCCAAACAAAAUGUCCAUGAAAAGGAAAUUAUAAUGUAUUUUCCUGGUCAUUUUAUUUUGCAGUGUGUACUGGGCUUUAAACUAGACUCUAGAUUAUACAUUAAUGUACGAUAAAAAUAGGCCUCUCACGGCAAACAAAUCGUACCUCGAAAAGUGCCUAUAAGUUUACAAAAUAUCUUAUACGUUUGUGUAACUAAUAAACCGAUUUUAAAUCCUCGAGUCUUAA